UCCCGACGGAAAUUACGUCAUUACUGACUUCUAAUGUUUACUUCCCUAGUUUGACGAUAGAACUAACUUUUUUUACUUCUUUUUGUAGAACAAGUUUUACUGUUAUAUUAAAAAUGAAUCGCUUGUUUGGUCGCUCAAAGCCAAAGGAGCCUGCGCCAAAUUUGACCGAUUGUGUUGCCAAUAUUGAUUCAAGGGGCGAGUCGAUAGAUAAAAAGAUAGCCAGACUUGAUGCAGAGCUGAAAAAAUACAAAGACCAGAUGGCUAAAAUGCGAAAUGGACCAUCUAAGAAUAUGGUAAAGCAGAAAGCAAUGAGAGUGCUGAAGCAGAAAAAGAUGUAUGAACAGCAGCGUGAAAAUCUCUCCAACCAGUCUUUCAAUAUGGAACAACAAAACUUCGCGAUACAGCAGAUCAAAGACACAAAAUCUACUGUUGAUGCCAUGAAAGUAGGAGUGAAAGAAUUUAAGAAGGCAUACAAGCAAGUAAACAUUGAUCAAAUAGAGAAUCUUCAAGACGAGUUGGAGGAUCUGACGGAGCAGUCCAGCGAGAUCCAGGAAAUCAUGGGGCGGAGUUAUGGCAUGCCAGAGAUUGACGACGACGAGUUGGAGGCGGAGUUAGACGCUCUUGGUGACGAGAUUGGCCUCGAUGAGGACACUUCAUACCUCGAUGACGCAGUGUCCACGCCCUCUGUACCCACUAGUGAGCCUGGCAGGGAAAGUCAUAGGGACAGUGUGCCAGUGGAUGAGUUUGGAUUGCCUCAGAUUCCAGCCAAGUAGUGCACUAUUGUCAAGGCAUAUAUGGUUGUGAUAGGAAUGCUGAUUGGGAUGGACUGCAUGCAUGAAUGAGAUUUGACUGGGAGCUUGACCUUUGUGCACCAAUACUGGGUUGACAACAAGCUUAUCCUGUGCUAAACCCACUUAUUCCUUGAUACAAUUUUAUAUUGCAAAUAAGGAUGAUUUUUUUCCACUAAUGGUAUUAACAUUGAACUAGUGACGGUUGAUAUGGUAUGUGAAAUUGAAAGGAUUUUUAAUGUGUCGGCUUUGUUUGUAUCAGCAGAUAAUUGGGUUUUACCAAAAGCUUAUGCAAUCUUGGAUACUUCUUUUAUCUAUAGACAGUUACUUAAGCCUGUUAUGGAACUGAAAACUGUAGCUUACAAUUGUGAAAUAAAAUACCUUAAAAAUUGUUUUCCAAAAGAGAAAAAUAUAUUUCUUUUUCUCUAAAGCCUUGAUGUAAGCAUUUUUGAAAGAAAAAUAAUUCCUUAAAAUAUUUUCUAACAAAUAAUACCAUAUUAUAUUUUUCAGGAUCCUGCCCCCAAUAAAUUUGACAAAAACCUUGCCUAAAUAAGUUCAACUUUUAGAUAAAUAUUUCCUACCAGAUGACUUAAGUAAGCUUUUUUGAGGAAGUUAUGCAAACAUGUAACUAAAACUUUUUAGCAUGCAAAUGACCUGUGAGUGUACAUUAAUUUCAACCUUGCAACCAUUUAACAUUGAUAUACAUGUUUGCAUAUUGUGGAAUAUGAUUCAUAUAUAUUUUUACUAAAAUUAUUGGUAUUCAUGUAAAGAUUGCUUUUUAUUUUUUAAAUUCAAGUUUGGAUCUCCAAAAAAAAUACUUAAAUAUUUUCCAUGAAAAUGCAAUUCAAAUGGUAAAAUUAUACUAAAAACCUAAUGCUACUACAUUCAGUUGGCUUUAGGUAUCUGUUUAAAACAAAUCAUGUUUAUAGCAUUGUCAUGUGAAAAAUAGUGGAAUAUUUUCAUCUUUUCAAAUUAGUAUACACUUAUUAAACACAUUAUUUUUCAACACUCAUUAGUAGGCCCCUAUUUUUAAAUACAAAUGUAUAUAAAUAAAAUUAUAAUUUUUGUCAUUUUAAGCAUCUUAAUUUAAGCAUUAUUAUGAAACACACAAGACUAAAGAUACAGAUGUAGGUUUUAAGAUGGUACAUGCAAUGAUAAAUAAAGAAAGCAUAAAGAAAGCAUAGUAUAAUUCGGUAUGCGCAUACACAUCACAAACUGGAAAUCUGUGUAAUUAAAAUGCAUCAUAUUCAUAAUUCAUUGAUGUGCUCCAUUGUUAUUUAUAUGUUUUGUGUUGAUGUUGAUACAAUGUAAUGAUAUUGUAGAAAUCUCUGAAAAUAAAGUAAUGUAAAGUCUU